AUGCCCUCCGAAGCAGAUAACAGAGACUACGAAGGGGAAUCGUGUCAUGACUCGUCGGAGACCCCAAACUCGAAUAGCAACCUUACGCUUUCGAUCCCUCCGAGCGCUUCAACUCGGUCGUUGACAGAUAGCCCCCCGAGCGGAUCUGUUGCUACACCCCAAUUCACCGAUGCCCCUCAACUCCCACGGACGCCUGAUGAUGAUACGAAGAACGAAGACGAAGCCCAUGAGUCUGGCACAGAUGGACAGUCUGAAGCCGAGGCAACCCCCCGCAGGCAAAAACCACACAAAUCCCCCUUGUUGACGGCUCACCGGCUUUCCACCACAUCUCUUGACGACGUGAACCUGGCCAACAAUGUCAACCAGGAUGGCCCCCUCGACAAUUCCAAGGCGGGGCAGGAGGCCGAGAUAGGCUCCCCUCCCGCGUUGCCCUCUAGAGACUCCACCUCAACACAGGGCUCUCUCCUUCAGGGCUUAUCCGGCAGUCUUCCCUCCGUACCAUGGGCUCCUCCUCCGCAAAACAAGAACCAGCCCGCGGCUGCACCUCCCCCACCUCCGGCUCGAAGAAUCACGAGUCCGUUUGCUUGGCUUUCUCGAGCGUCAACAGGGAGCAAGGAUGCUGCGGCCCCUUCACAAUCCGGGCGACGAAACACUGGUGCUUCCAUCUCUACCAUUGGUAGCAAUUCUGAAGUCGCUGGCCGACUGCAGGAUGUGGAAGUGGAUGGCUCGAGCGUAGGCUCCAAGAGACCACAUCGAAAUAGUUUGAAGGACCAGUUCAAAAUGCUCCGAAUGCGGGAGGAGGGUCAUAUUCCGGAAGGCGAUGAAGCAAGCGUUGCAUCGGGACGUGGAAGUAUCAGCCAUUCAGCCACAAGCCCACCUCCUAGUAUCCCAGAGGAAGGGGAGAACGAAGCCACUGCUGCACCGCCAGCAGCUUCGCCUUCACCUCCACCAUCGUCAACAGUCAACCCGAAUUUGGCGCCGGGGACAGUUUCAGGAUUUUCAACGUCUGCAAGUGAUGCGGCCGCCCCCGUGGAUUGGGAACUAUGGGAGCAGCUGGUAAACAAUGGCCCACAGGCCCUGAAGGGAACUAAUUCGGAAGAGCUGAAUGCUGCUAUAAAACGGGGAAUCCCGCAAACCAUUCGAGGCGUUAUUUGGCAAAUCCUUGCGGAUAGUAGAAGUCUAGAUUUGGAAGAGGUCUACAGGGAACUUGUUGCCCGAGGCACAGACAAGGACAAGUCGCGAGCAAAUGGCAUGACUAACGGAAGCGUAGAGAAGGACUCGGUGGCCUCUUCGCGCUCGUCUGUCCGCUCAGAACGUUCUCACUCUGCUGCACCUUCGAACAAAAGUCCUUCUCCUAGCCCUUCCCAGGAGCUGGAUCCCGAAAAGCUGGCAAAAGAGCAGGCCGUGAAUGAAACGGCCAGGAAGAAGAAGGAAAAGGAGGAUACAGCGGCACUCCAGAAACUUGAGAAGACCAUUCGCCGGGAUUUGGGCGCGCGUACGAGCUACUCUCGAUACUUUGUCUCACAGGGUAACCAGGAGAGCCUGUUUGGGCUAUGUAAGGCCUAUGCUUUAUAUGACGAGGCCGUGGGUUACGCUCAAGGGAUGAACUUCAUUGUCAUGCCGCUACUAUUCAACAUGGACGAAGCAGAGGCUUUCACCCUGAUGGUGAAACUCAUGAAUCAAUAUGGUCUACGGGAAAUGUUCAUCCAGGACAUGCCUGGUUUACAUCGCAGCUUAUUCAUAUUUGAGCGAUUUCUUGAGGAUCUCGAGCCCGCUCUUUAUUGCCACCUACGACGACGAGGAGUCCAUCCCCAAUUGUACGCUACUCAGUGGUUCUUGACCCUUUUCGCUUACCGCUUCCCAUUGCAACUCGUUCUUCGCAUUUACGAUCUCAUCCUUGAGGAAGGAUUGGAAACCACAAUCCUAAAGUUUGCCCUUGCGAUCAUGCGGCGCAACGCAGACGCCCUUCUGGCUAUGAAGGACAUGGUACCAUUGACAACGUUUUUGAAGGAUCGGUUGUUUGAUGUUUAUAUUGAUAAACAACCUAGCCCAUCAUCUAUUCUCGAAUCAGGGUUUUUCGGGUCAUCAGGCGCUUCCGACAAGGAAAUUUACCGUGCUGAUAUUAUGGUCCAAGAUGCCUGUGACAUCCCACUUGACUCGGUUGCAAUCAGUGCAUAUACUGCUGAAUGGGAAGAAAAGGAACGCUUAGAGAAAGAUCGGGAAGCCGAAUUGAGCCACCUGAAGUAUACUGUGUCUACGCAGAGCGCUCGCAUUCGUCUUCUAGAGGAGCAAACAGAAGCAUCCGAUAAGGAACACGUCCAGCUUGCCUCGGAAGUCAUUCAUCUGAAGGUUGAGAAUGAGGAGCUCUCGGAUUUGAAUGACGCACUGAAGAUGCAAGUCAAGGAGCUCAAAAAUGUGGUAGAUAAACAGCCUGCCGAGGUCGAACAGAAACUCCAAACCGAAAUGGAUCGCAUCAUGAAACGUAACCUCGAGGUGCAGAAUGAGAACCGUGCCAUGGUGGAACAGAUGGCGGAAAUGGAAAAGGAGCUUGUGACGGCCAAGCUCAGUCACGCCGAGAUCCACGAGCAAUACGAGAACCAAAAGCAGAAGUGGAACGAUCUUCGCAAGGCUCUGGACUAG